AGAUGGAGUAUAAAAUCUCGUAGAUAAAAUAAAUCUACAGAUAGAAAGAGUCAAGUGACAAGAGAUACAAAUAAAAGAAAUUAAUUAUAGAGUACAAAAAAAAUAAAAAAUAUUCAAUUUUUACAUCCAUUAUAUAUCAUAAAUUAAAAGUAUACUGUUUAGCAAAUUAUGGACUAUAUAAAACGAUUUUUUGGUUUAUCUGAUGAAAAUCAAUUUAACAGAAUUCUUCAGCAGGACCAAAGCGAUAAUGAGGAAAGUAGAAGAUCUCCAAAUCCAAGAGAUGAUAUAAGACCUAGUUUUCACGUUUUCUCGGAUCCAUUAGAGAUGCACCGAUAUUUUGAAUAUCAAAUGAAUGAAAUAUUAAAAUUUUUUGGGGCUCAAGAAUUUGACAAUGGAAUUUUUUCCAAUUUUCAUAGUAAUUUACCAGCGUUACAAGAAGAUACUGAAUUUAAUGAAGGAGAAAAUUCUUCUAAAUAUCUUCGUGAGCAGUUUUUAAAAAGUGGUUAUGAGAAACCUUCACAAAAACAUUUUGAAAAAAUGGAUAAGGAUAUUGAUGGAAGAAUUCAACUAGGAGAUUUAGAUUCUGUAUUUGGUAGAAAAAGAAAUAGAAAUUCAAACCAUACAUCUGAAGGGUAUUUCUUCGGUCAAAGCCAGAGUAUAAAAACAAUAAGAAAUCCUGAUGGGUCCAUUGAAACUCAUCGUACAGUAAAAGAUAAUAAAGGAAAUGAAGAAACAACUGUGUGUCAAAAAAUUGGAGACAAAGAAUUCUGCAUAAUUAAGAAAAAAGAUAAAUAUGGAAAAGAAGAAAUUAUUGAGAAUUUAAUAAACAUGAGUGAAGAAGAAAAAAAUAGUCUUUUUAAAGAUAAAUUUCCUACAGAAAAACACGAUGGACCAAAGAAUGACUUAUUUGAUAAAUUCUUCAGAUAAUACUAGAUAAUUUAUAUUGUAGAUAAAAAAAUAAUGCUAAUUUACAGUAAAUAAAAAUAAGUAGUUACAUUAUA